CAAUGGAAAAACGUUGUUCGGGUCUGGAAUUUGGAUGCUGGCAAUUCUUUUUCCUUUACUUGACUUCCUUUUUUGGACGAUGACCAGUAUGGAUAGCGCUUGAUUAGCCCUCCUUGGUAUGCCAUCAUCGACUUUACUUGAACACUUCCACAGGCUCCAAACACAUUCUCAAUAUUCACUUUCCGUAGCCGAUAUUGCUUUAACCUGUGCGGUACCAUUGACUAGAGCACUGCCUUGCAGCAACAUUACAUCAACUGUGGAGUCGUGUGCGGGGGCUACUUGACGUAUUAUACUCGAACCGCAGUUGUUCGACUACUUCCUAGUCUCAGCGGUGUACCAUGUUUGACGAAAGUCAACCACCCUCUCCGAACCAGCCAGUUGUGGCGUUAGCACCUCUGGAGCCCGAAUGGCAGCCAAUCUUCCAGGCCUCUAAUCAGAUCGUGUUGUACAAUCCAACGUCGCAUGCUCUAUCUAUAACCAAGUCCUCUGGCCCACUGGAUUUCUCAGGCUCGUCAUUGUGUCCCUGCUGUCAUCGUCCUCUUCCCAAUGGAUUCGACAGAAAUGGCUCUUCCGACAUUCGGUCCGAUUCUGGAUCGCAUUCUCGAGCAUCAAACUACUUUCAGCUUCUUGCUGCUGCAAAUCAGACGUCCUCGAGGCCAUCCAGUCCCCCUCUUACGAGUGGCAGUGGCAGCCGACAUGGUGCUUUCCCUCCAGAAACCAUGGCAGAAGGCUACUUCAAGGCCUUUUUUCAGGAGGAGUAUCGAUUAGGAAUGGGAGCAAAUGGAAGUGUAUAUCUCUGCCAGCAUGUCCUUGAUGGAGAACCACUUGGUCAUUUCGCUGUCAAGAAAAUCGCGAUAGGAGAGUCCCACUCUUACCUGCUCAACAUACUGCGCGAGAUUCGACUUCUCGAGUCUCUCCACCAUCGCAAUAUAGUAACAUAUCAUCACGCAUGGCUAGAAACUUAUCAGUUCUCCGCCUUUGGGCCGAAGGUGCCUACCCUACACGUUCUCAUGCAAUGGGCGGAAGGAGGAAGUUUGGAUGAUUUCAUUGCCCUUCGCCUGGGACGUUCAAUCGGACUACCGCACAUGCAAUCCUCUUCAUCGCCUGCCCCUGACGAUCCGACUCCAUCUGCACGCAUCCGUGCAUUUCGUGCCAUGAAGCGUGCCCCACCAGAGGAACGCGAGCGAUUACGCCGGGAAAUGGAGGAAAGAACCAAUAGCCGCGGGAAUCGUCCCUCAUGGAAAGCCGUUCAUCUCAUCAGUGCAGAGGAAGCGCAAAGUUUGUUUGCCGACGUGACACAUGGAUUAGCCUUCUUGCACGAUAAAUCCAUUCUUCAUUUGGACCUCAAACCUGGUAACGUGCUACUGACUUGGGACGAAGGAAGACUCAUUCCUCGAGCAAUGUUAUCGGAUUUUGGGACCUCCCGAGAUAUGGUACGGUCGAGUGGCGUUCGAUCGGGCAAUACGGGAACUCUUGAAUACGCUUCGCCGGAGUCCCUUCCGUCGCCUCUCACUGGACUUCUCCGACAGAUUGACUCAAAGUCUGACAUGUGGUCUCUUGGGAUGAUCCUGCACAAAAUGCUUUUCUUUAAGUUACCCUACCACUACGCAACGGAAGGAGAAGCCACUGCAUACGAUGAAGCCGACAAGAUGGACAAGCUAGAGCAGGAAAUUUUGGGCUAUACUGGAUUCCGAUCAACGUCUGCACUUGUAACAUCUUUCGAGUCCCGCCGUCUCCCGCGUUCGUUCCUGAUAUUGCUCGAGGGCCUCUUGAGCAUCAAUCCCUCUUUGAGACCCUCGUGCGAGCGCAUCGUGAGCGCCAUACGAGAAGGACGAUUUGAUCCUGUAACACUAUUCAUCCCCCCUUCCAACAAGUCUCUUAUCCCACUGCGACGAAAACCUGACGAGUCUGAGGUCGUUCAGAACCAAUACACCCCUGAUACUUCCCCGGCGCCUACAAAACACAAGCAUGAAGAAGUUACUGAGACGUUGGAUAGAAAAAGUCCCAUGCUCCGUCUCCCCUCUCCACUUCCCGAUCGUCGGGCUCACUCGGUGGACUUGAUCAUAGACUAUCUUACUUUCCUACGCUGGCGAUCACCGAAGAUUGCUUGGGUUGGUACGCUCAAAUCGUGCAUUUUCGCUGCGAAGACAUUGUCGGCAGUAUCUAUGUGGCCCUCCCGCCCGGUCCUCCUCGCCACCGUGGGACUUCUUGCCAUUCUAGAUACGAUGUUUGAUGGUCUCGAAGCUUCUUUGGUGCUUGGAGGGCUACACGUGGUGUUAAUUCGGUGGUGCUAAAUUGGACUCUGAUGCAUUGAUGACCCUCGAGUUACUUGAUUAUGAUGUAGGUGGUAUUGCCACUUGCAAUAUUACGCGCCGCAGUUAGGUUCCAGGAGCUACUGUUUGAUGACAACGUCCAAAAUUACUGUAUAAUGUCGCACUGUUGUAUGCACCAUUGCUAUAUGAGCACUGUUUUACAUGCAGGCUAGCG